UGGCGAUUUCCAAAAAGUCAAAACUUGCACAUUUCCCCUGACAAAAUUCCAUAUAACAGGCAUAUAUAUGAAAUAAAAGAACUAUUCAAUGUUUGUCUACCAAAUUUUCCAGAUGAAAAAUGACGGACGUCAAAAGUCCAAGAGGCGAACUUGUGAAGCGAUCUUUGAAUAAAACUCUGUCGGUAUUGGAACCGUAUCUUUCCCUGUUGAAUGCGCAUAAUACAGACUUCAUAUCACAUAGUCACUGGGAAAACUUCAUCGACAAAAACAUUGCUGAAGAAGUCUUAAAAUUAACGAAUGAUGAACUGAUAAGAUUGCCCAGUGGUACCAUAUUCCAGAGACCUAGCUCUAGUGACAAUUCUAGUAGGGACUCUGCUCGGACUUCUGAACUUGUUACACUUGCUGCAAGGACACCAAGAUGGCCACAUGAACACCUCGAGGAUUUCUUGACCAGUAUUGCAGCAUGUACUCUGCCAAAUUUAGGGAUAGAAAUAAGCCUUGAGACUCUUAUAGAAAGUUGCCUGAUUCCUUUGGAAGGUAAUGCUGUUUCCAUACAUCAUUACAUGUCCAAAAAGAAGUGUCAUGAAGUGGACAUCAUGGCGGAGAUCUGUGCCAGAUUGGCAAGAUACAUGGACAUCAAUGAGGUUGUUGAUGUUGGCAGUGGUAAAGGCUAUCUUUCGUCCCGGAUGGCGCUGAUGUAUGGUCUGAAGGUCAUCGGUGUGGAUGCUUCACAAUCAUUUACGAAUAGUGCCAAUAAAAGGAACGAGAAUCUUGGCAAGAGAUGGGACGAGUUUGUUAAGACUGCAAAGGCUAAAGUGACAGAAAAUGAAAACCAGUCUCCAAAAUGUUUGAGGUCUGUUGGAGAUUUUGCAAGUUCUUCAGCUUGUGAUCAAGAUAUCGGCUGUGAUAAAAAUCCUCAUUCAGGUUCCAGGGAUACUUCAGAGGACAAAAAAAUCGCUGUGGGGGUCACAGAAAUUUCAGACAAAAUGGAGCAUUUGAACGCGACUCCGAGCAUGGACCAUGGUGCUAAAAACCAGCCUAAGAUUAUUGACUCUGAUGGUUUGUUAGAUAAGAUGAGUAGUGGUUGUGAAUGUGGGGAAACUGGUGGAGAUCCUUCAUUGUGUGCGUUUUGUAAAGACAUGCUUCUAUCGAGAAGAGACAUCCCUGAAAAUAGUGGUGCUUGUUCAGAAACGAGACCGGGAGUUUACAUUCCGUUGACACAAUUCAUUGACAGUAAGACAGAUUUAAAAAGUCUCGUCAAGGAACACCUUGGAUCGAGCGCAGGAAAUGGCCAGGUCCUGUUGACGGGGUUGCACACGUGUGGCAACCUGGCUCCCAGUAUGUUGAGGAUCUUCUCGGAGAAUGAUGCAGUUGGUUCUAUCUGCAAUGUUGGCUGCUGCUAUCAACAUGUUGAGGAGGAGUUCUUUCCAAAUCCGUUUCUACAUGUAGGUGGGGAUGAUCCAGUUCCAAAUGAGUCUGGGUUUCCAAUGAGUUCUUACCUGACGGGUCGGCAAGUGAAGCUGGGACGUAACGCCAGGAUGCUUGCCUCUCAGCCGAUGGACAGGAUUGCCGCCGGUGGAAUAAAUUCACAGAAGUCAUUAUAUUGGCGAGCCAUUCUCCAGCAGAUUUUGAUUGAUCUUACGGGAACAGUAAGGAAAGACUGGCAGAUUGGGAAGAUUUGCAAGAAGUGUCCGACCUUCAAUGUCUAUGUACGGAAGGCACUCAAGAAACUUGGUAUGCAAGACCAAUACAAGAUAACUGAUGCCAAGAUUCAAGAAUAUCUCAUGAAAUUUCCUGCAGAGGAAAAGAAGGUGUUUGCCUUCUUCCAGUUACGAGCCUGCUUUGGACCGGUUGUAGAGGCCGUGGUGCUAAUGGAUAGACUGCUCUUCUUGCUUGAACAGGACCACAUUUCUCAGGCAUACCUUACGCGACUGUUCGAUCCCGUCCUAUCGCCAAGAUGCUACGCUAUUUUGGGGAUAAAGAAUUGACGUCCUUAGGAAUGUACGGAAGGCAUCGGUGACUACCACUACCAGCUUCAAAUUCUAACUGAGCUAAAAACCAUGGAUGAUUCAUCAGACUCUUGCCGCUGACAGCUUAUUUAUAUUUUGAUGGUCUUUAUGAAAUACAAUAUGCAAUGAUUUUAGACAAUGCUUUUAGGGAAUGGGGGUAUUAUGCAAUAA